GAGUACUUCAAAGAAACAAACAAACUCAUCCAACUCCAACCCGUUGUUCCUUAGUCUUCCAUAAUUCUACAUUUCCACUAUAAACAAACCCAAUUCUGAUCACAUAACCUGUAAAUUACCUACGAUUUCGAAUAUUAUAAACCAUUGAAUGUAAAUUUGAUGGAAUUAUAUUACAAUUAUUUGAAUUUUCUUAAUUUUUGUUUACUUGGCUUCCUCUGUUUCUCGGAAUCCACACUGGCUCAAACUAGGAGAGGAAUACAAGUUUCACAUUGCUGAAUGCUUUUCUUCUCAAGUUUUGAUCAAAAAGAUAGAAAAGGAGAGUGUUGUAUAGCAAGAUGGGGAGGUGGAGGACACAUGUCAGCCGGAGGUUAUUCCACGUCAAAAAUGGAUAUGAUAAUGCUAAAAUUCCGUCCUAUAGCGCCGAAACCGGUAGCGGGAACAACGACGGUUUCCGGCGGUAGUUCCGAUAGUUCGAAAGGCGGUGGCGGUAGCGGCAGCGGAAGAGGACGUAGAAAGUCGAGUAAUAAUAACAAUAAAAGAUGUACGAGCAGUAUUAAUAAUGGUAAGAAAAGAAAAUCUGCAUCACCUGAUAAAAAUUGUUAUGAUGAUCAUAAUCAGAUGGAUCAGAAAACAGAUCUAACUUUACUUCCUCUGUUUCCUGUAGCACCUGAUCUGAGCCCAAGUAAUUAUAAUCAUCAGGUGAAUAAUAACAUAGGAGAUGAGCAGCAGUGGGUGAAGUUUGAUAAAAAUUGUUAUGGAAGUACCCUUUAUUUUGAAGAUAAUUACAAUAACUGCCAUGGAAGUGUAUGGUAACGUGGCAAGAUCUGAGAGUGUUAGGUUACUUGUGUUUUGGAGUUAUGAUUUUCUCUUUUUAGCUGGUAAAUUAAGGUUGCAUGGGGAUGAGUAUUGAGACGUUCAAACUUUCUCUUUAAUUUGUGUCGGUAAUUUUCUCCGUUCUGGAUACUUGCAUCUGAUUUUGUGCAGAAGAAUAUCACUAUCAAUUUCAAGUAUAAUAGAACAGUUCCCCAUAUCUAACCACUAAAAAGGAAAAUUUUCUAGUUAUUAUUGUGGUAUUAAUUAGUACUCCUUUUAGAUGGAAAUAUUAAGUAAAAUGCUAAGAUGAGAAUUAAGUAUGAAAUGUAAAUAUUUUGUCCCAAAGUUUAUGUAUUUUGUUGGAUCCAUUCCCUCUCUAAAUGAUCUUGAUUGAAUGGAAUUGUUAUAUGUGUA